AUGAACUGGCAGAUCAAUCUGCAAGGCAGGCUGCUGCCGCAACUGGAAUUGACUGGAGGAAGAGGUGCCCCCAUCACACUUUCCCUCUACCCUCCGAGAGAGAACAUUCAUGCUGUAAUCAGAGGAGUACAUGCGACACUUUCGGAAAUUGAGAUCAAGGAAGAGUUGCAACAGAGGGGAUAUUCCCCCCUGCACAUAAUUCGCCUGAAACGCGGUGGCGGCGUGCCCAUGCCUUUGGUGGUAGUCAUACUGCCCAAGAUAGAAAAAUCUCAGCAGCUGUUCAACGAACACGAGCUGCUAGGUUUGGCUAUCCGAGUCGAAGUUCAAAAGAACUCAAGACUCAUCGGGCAGUGUCACCGCUGCCAAAAAUAUGGGCAUGCGCAAUCUUACUGCACUGCACCACCUAAAUGUCUAAAAUGUGCCUCUGACCACAUGACCCACUUAUGCCCUCAAACAGAACAAGAGGAACGAAGUGCGCGAACUGUGGAGGGGGGCAUCCAGCGAAUAGCCGAACUUGCAGAUUUGCCCCUAAGAAAAAUCUGCAAGUGA